GACAUUGUCCCUCGCGAGCGACGUAUUAGUUAGCAUACUCCGCUCCCACACGAGGUGAAUGUUCCAUAAAUGCAUUGAACUCCUAUUCAAUUUUCUUGUCCUCUAUUAGUAUCACCUUCAUAUUACCAGUUGUUGUGGUCGGUUGGCCUAUAAUUUAUGCAGCAUGUCCUUCUUUACCUACCUUUAUUACAAGGUGGUGGUCACCAUAAUUCGAUUUUUGGCCGCGCGUGGAAGACGCAUAAGCACAACCCCAGAUGAGGUUCAGCAGAUCAAGUCGCGGGAUCCGACGAGAUCAAUCAAGGCCCAUGUCUAUAAACCAGCAUCCGCGUCCAGGCCGGGUCCCGUCCUCAUCAAUUUCCACGGAAGUGGAUUCGUGAUCCCCAUGCAUGGGAGUGACGAUGAGUUCUGUCGCAGAGUGAGCGAGGAAACGGAGUAUACCGUGUUGGACAUUCAGUAUCGGUUGGCACCCGAGAACCCGUUUCCCGCAGCACUCAACGAUGUCGAGGAUGUAGUGAAUUGGGUUCUCCAGCAACCCGACACGUUUGAUAAAGCCCGCGUCGCGCUCUCGGGGUUUAGCGCGGGGGCCAAUCUUAUUCUCGCAGCGGCAUCGAAUCUCUUCUCGAGUGAAACCUUUAAUGCUGUUCUCGCGUUUUAUCCUCCCGUCGAUCUCUAUACUCAGCCCGAAGAUAAACUCUGUCCUGAUCCUACAGGAAAGCCUAUCCCUCCGCGCAUGGCUCGAUUCUUUGAUGGGUGCUACAUCCCCUCGGGCCACGAUACGAGAGACCCCCGAAUCUCGCCCCUGUAUGCGCAAUCCGAUGGCUUCCCCAAGCGGGUUAUGGUUAUCACGACGUCCCAAGACAAUCUCGCGCCGGAAGCUGAACAGCUUGCAGCUAAGAUACGGGAAGAACCUGGUCACCAGGUAAUCUGGGAGAGGCUGGAAGGCUGCGGCCACGGCUGGGAUAAAAACCCACAGAACUCCAUACACCGGGAGGCGAAAGAGAAGGCCUAUAGGAUGGCAAUAGCCAUGCUAAACUAAUGACGGGAUAUAGUUAGUUACUGUUAUGCCUUACGGAGGAAUCUAAGUUUACUAAACAUGGGGUUUCUUUUUCCAUCUUGAUCCUUCACCUCCUUGCUAAGCUUCUUUAGUCUCGCUCAAAUUGCGGUGAAUGCGACGAAGCCCCAGACCACUCACUGUCUUUUUUGGGAAUUUGAACCCAGGGAUUGGCCCGGAUAUUUUAACCGAGGAUCUAUCUUAUCGCCUUG